AUGCCCCCAGACUGCCCAGCAGUGAACCUCAAAGCAGCACCCCCUCAGUGGCUGCAUGUCACCCCGCCCCACAGACCCACGCCCCAUUUUAAGGGUUUCAACCGAACCCGCGUUAGUAAUGCAAGCAAAUCUCGUCUAAGAAGUCCAUCGAUUUACAACGACCCUUCCCCACUUCACAACUUAUCCUCUCUCCUGUUUCAGCAAGUCCUGCGCACCUGGUGCACUCAGCGUCACUAUGCGUUUGAUGGCCAUAUCACCACGCCUUAUGCUUCGCACUAUACACUCAUCAUGUCAACUUCCUGCCUUUCACCGGAGGUAUUCGAUUACUCAAGUGCCUGCGCGAGCAUUUUCGAGCUCUCAAACGCACUAGGCAAUGAAUUUUUAGAUACCUACAUAGGAUUCAUAGCAAGUCAGAAGCUCUGGACAGAACUAUAUGUCCUGUCAUUCUUGCUGAAAGAUCAUGUCUAUCCUGGUGAUCUUUGGGAAUUAGUCGGGGAGCGCAGUAUAGAGGCGACGCAGGAGGAAAUUCUGCGAAGGCAUCAGAGCACCUGUACCAGUGGGGAUGAUGAAAGGCAUGCAACCGUAGAGAAGAAGCGGUGUCAGAUGGAGGUGUCUUUGUACAGUCAGGCUAUCGAACUAUUGGAGCAACAUCGGAUGUCCUGCUCGAUAACAACACGAGGAAUGUGGGAGGCUUGGUUGACGAGGAACAAUACCCACCUCAUCUCAGUUGCAGAAUCUGAAAUUUGGUUCGCCUCGCAGGAAGAAAGGCGAGCGUCCAUCAGUUCAAAUUGCAUUAGCCCCUCAUUACCCCUCUCGAGCACAUGGGUCACCACCUAUGUCCAAGAGGCCUUUUACAAUGCAUUCCAAGAAGAACUGAACAUGCAGGCAGAACUGAUGACGAUGUCCCUCGCUACCAGGCACAAUAACACCUAUCUGCGCAACCUUGGGCUGGAUUUACUAAUCCUGCAGUCCAAGACGCACCGCGCCAAAGCUGAAAUUGAACUCUAUAAUGUGGCCAUUGAAAAUGCCCAUGGGUUCGAUCUCUGUGGCAGCAGUUCAAAAACACCCCUCGACACAACCAUUCAAAGACCUCUAUGUAAGGCAGUGCACUGUUACAAUGAGGACGAGGAAGUUGAUGGUUCAGAGGGCUAUGAAGACUACGAAGACUGGAAAUUGUGA